GUGAGGCUGGGCCCACCCUCCAAGUCAUCCGCUUCCCUCUGCAAGGUUCCACAGCCUUUCAAAAACAAUUCCACCAGCCAGGGGUCAAGUGUCCAGCUCAGAGCCUGUGAGACCACAGGUAAGAUUCCAUUUAUUGAGACUUCCAGGAGGAUGGCUGGGUAAGGAGAGAACCCUCAGGACCUGGCACCUGCUACUUAUGGGAAUCUAUCCUGGUGAGGCCCUACUGGUCCCCCCUGGAGACGUCACCACCCAUCCACAGAACCUGCUCACCACGGAGCAAAGGGAUGAGAAGAAAGGAGGCCAGACCAUGUCGUGGAAGAGGCAGGACCAGUCCACUGCAUUCAGAGAGUGCUGUCUCCGACCACAUUAACGUUGACAACACACUGGCAAUGAAUGAUUAGGCUACGAGACCCUGUGAUGAAGGCCCCACGGAGUGAGUCACAGGAACCAGGGGCUGCAUGGCUCAACAACCUGGACAAGAGCCAAGGAGCCAAAGGCUGCUGAAGUCACAGUCUCCAUUCCUCUACUGACGCCAGCGACCACCCAGCCCAGCCGAGCCAUAUGGCCUCCUGCUUGCCUGAUGUAUGAGGCUUCCCGCGGGCACCUAAGGACCAGAUCCAUCCCUGGAGACCUAGGCACUGCCCAGCGCGGCUAGCAGGGCCCUUGGCCAUGGCCAGCACAGCGGUCCAGCUCCUAGGCUUCCUGCUUAGCUUCCUGGGCAUGGUGGGAACGCUCAUCACCACCAUCCUGCCGCACUGGCGGAGGACGGCCCAUGUGGGCACCAACAUCCUGACGGCUGUGUCCUACCUGAAGGGACUAUGGAUGGAGUGCGUGUGGCACAGCACAGGCAUCUACCAGUGUCAGAUCUACCGCUCGCUUCUGGCGCUGCCCCGGGACCUGCAGGCGGCCCGGGCGCUCAUGGUCAUCUCCUGCCUGCUGUCAGGCAUGGCCUGCGCCUGCGCAGUAGUGGGCAUGAAGUGCACUCGCUGUGCCAAGGGCACACCCGCCAAGACCACCUUCGCAGUGCUGGGAGGUGCGCUCUUCCUGCUGGCCGGCCUGCUGUGCAUGGUGGCCGUGUCCUGGACCACGAACGAUGUGGUGCAGAAUUUUUACAACCCGCUGCUGCCCAGUGGCAUGAAGUUUGAGAUCGGCCAGGCCCUGUACCUGGGCUUCAUCUCCUCGUCCCUGUCUCUCAUUGGGGGCACCCUGCUCUGCUUGUCCUGCCAGGACGAGGCUCCCUACAGACCCUACCAGCCCCAGUCCAGGGCUGCGGCCACCACCACUGCCACUGCCCCUGCCUACCGCCCACCAGCAGCCUACAAGGACAACCGUGCCCCCUCUGUGACCUCAGCCACGCACAGUGGGUACAGGCUGAAUGACUACGUGUGAGUUCUUUCCCUGAGCUUCUGCCAGGGAUGCUGGGCCCCAAAAGACCAAUGAUGGAUGCAGGAAGGAUGCAGAGACCUUUGUAAACGUGGGGGAAGUGAGCCUGGAACACAGGGAAUGAGGGUGCUCUUCAAAGCAAAGACUUCUAAAAAGUGCUGGCCUUGUAUUUAUUAUGUGUAUUUAUGUGGGUGGCUUAAUAAGAGCUCAAUAAAGAGUGUCUU